CCACCACCAACUGAGCAUUGCAACAUCUAUCCCACUUCUUCAGAUUUCGAGCUGAAAACACAAAGUCCAAGAAACCAACCAUGGCCGGUGCCAAGAGACUUGCUCAACUGGCAAAGAAGUGGCAAAGGGUGGAAGCACUCGGGAGGAAGAGGCUCACUGUGUCAGCCAAAGAAGAUCAAGGCUGCUGCAGUUCUGUACCAGCCAAGGGCCACUGUGUCAUGUACACGGCCGACGGGAGGCGUUUCGAGGUGCCCUUGGUGUACCUCAGCACCACGGUCUUCGGCGAGCUCCUGAGGAUGUCUCAGGAGGAGUUUGGCUUUGCAAACGAAGGCAAGAUCACACUACCUUGUGAUGCCGCAGUGAUGGAGUAUGUCAUGUGCUUGCUGAGGAGAAGCGCCUCCGCCGAGGUCGAGAGUGCAUUGCUCAGCUCUAUGGUGACGUCCUGCCACUACACUGGCUGCGUCAUUGAAGCAACAAUCUGA